CACAGUCAAUUGUUCGUGUACUCGUGGAACGGUUCGCGUGGUCUAAGAUGGGAAAACUCGGCAUCUUCGUCCUCAUUCUAACGGGCAUCUCCCUGCCGCUACAGAUGGUGACCAUCGUGCUCCACACAGUCACCAUGGCGGACUGUCUCAACAAGAACACGCCGCUUCCAGACGUGGUCUGUACCGACACCUCCCUCAUACCCGGCACGGUGGCCAUAGAGGCCACGUACGGCGCCGCCACCCUACUCCUGUCGGUGUCCUGGGUCGCCAACAUCGUCCUCAUAUGCGGGCUCAGACGGCGCUACAGCAGCAAGAAAGUCUGGAAGCGACUUUUUGUCUGGAAAUACGUGACCAUGAUGUUCUUUGCGGUGUUCUACCACUUUUUGGAGGGGCUGUCGACGCAGGGGAAUCCGUACACGGCAAGCUUUUUAGGACUUACAAAAAUAACGGUGGCGUUUCUCAUGCUGAUUGAGAAUGAUCGGGAAUGCUUCGGGAAGCCAUGGCAGGCUCGUGUGGAUCGGACGGUUUCGGGAACUCUCGGGAUCGACAACUUGCUACAUUUCCUGAUGGCCGUGCCGUUCCUUAAGAGUGUGGUUAGCGGGGAAAUAGGACUGAACGCGAACGUGGUGGAAGGGACGCCGGGGCUGUGGAACGCGUUUCUACUGCUCCUGACGGUCAACAGUGUGGCGUUUAGGUUCGUGUUAGCCCGGUUCUUCCUGCAGCGCUGUUGGCUCGGGAACCGUUCCUUCAGCCUGCUCGGCGAUGCCUGGGACCUGCGCGACUACAACAGGAAGGUCUCUAUCGACAUGGCCGACGGAGACGCCGAGUACCAGCCCCUCUCCCGAAUAGAAGUCGACGCGCCCGAACAGGAGACGGGCACGCCCGAAGCCGAGCCGAAGACAGCCGAAGUGACAGCCGAAGAUGGCGCGGUUCUCAGUAACCUUACCGACGAACCAGAUCACGUGGAUGAGAAAAUGUAGGUUUUCUUAAGAACAGUAACGAAAUACUUAUGACUAAUCUCCUUGAUGUGGCAUAGGAUAAUAUCAAAGCUUGGGGAACGAGUCUAGCCGGCAGAGGAGUUUCAUUGGCCACAGCGAAGAUCUAGAUGCAAGCUGCACUGACACCACAAAAAGUAAAGUUACUUGUGUAUGGCCAACUAUAAACUACAUCAACAAAAAAAGAAAGAAUACAGAAUAUAUCUUACAAUUCUACUAAUCAAACAGUAUAGGAUAAUAAGGUUCUACUAAUUAAACAAUAUAGGAUAAUAAGGUUCUACUAAUCAAACAGUAUAGGAUAAUAAGGUUCUACUAAUUAAACAAUAUAGGAUAAUAAGGUUCUACUAAUUAAACAAUAUAGGAUAAUAAGGUU